AUGGCGGCCGCGGGCUUGGUCGCUAUGUCCGCAGCUGCAGACUACGCCGGCCCAGGAGCGUCGGGAGGCAACCUGCCCGGUGUUCCCUGCGGCCCGAGCUCCGGGACGUGUCCCGGUCCCGGCCCGGGCUCGUGGAGCCGCUCCCUCGACCGGGCGCUGGAGGAGGCGGCGGUCACAGGGGUGCUGAGCCUGAGCGGCCGGAAGCUGAGGGAGUUUCCCCGGGGAGCGGCCAACCACGACCUGACGGACACCACCCGCGCGGAUCUGUCACGAAAUCGCCUCUCAGAAAUUCCCAUAGAAACAUGUCAUUUUGUUUCUCUUGAGAAUCUCAACUUAUACCAAAAUUGUAUUCGAUAUAUACCAGAGGCAAUUCUAAACCUACAAGCUCUAACAUUCUUAAAUAUUAGUCGGAACCAACUGUCAACACUGCCAGUACAUUUGUGUAAUUUACCAUUGAAAGUCUUAAUUGCUAGUAAUAAUAAAUUGGUCUCCCUUCCAGAAGAAAUUGGACAUCUCAGACAUUUAACAGAACUUGAUGUGAGCUGCAAUGAAAUUCAAACAAUACCUUCUCAAAUUGGUAAUUUGGAGGCCUUGAGAGACCUUAACCUCAGAAGAAAUCACUUAGUACGUUUGCCAGAAGAGCUGGCAGAGUUGCCUUUGAUACGGUUAGACUUCUCCUGCAAUAAAAUUACAACAAUCCCUGUUUGUUAUCGGAACCUCAAGCACCUACAGAUGAUUGCCCUAGAUAACAAUCCACUACAGUCGCCUCCUGCACAGAUAUGCAUAAAAGGCAAAAUUCACAUAUUUAAGUACCUGAACAUACAAGCUUGUAAGAUUGCUCCAGAUCUGCCAGAUUAUGAUAGGAGACCCUUGGGUUUUGGCUCCUGUCACGAAGAACUAUACUCAGGUCGCCCUUAUGGAGCCCUUGAUUCAGGUUUCAAUAGUGUUGACAGUGGUGAUAAGAGAUGGUCAGGGAACGAACCUACAGAUGAAUUUUCAGAUCUACCUCUUCGAGUAGCAGAAAUUACUAAAGAACAAAGACUACGGAGAGAAAAUCAGUACCAAGAGAAUCGAGGCAGUGUAGUAGUAGCAAAUGGAGUAGAACAUGAUCUGGAUCAAAUUGACUACAUUGACAGCUGUACUGCAGAGGAAGAAGAGGAUGAGGCGAGACAACGCAAGGGCCUGGACGCAGACAGCCUCAGUUCACAGUUUAUGGCAUAUAUUGAACAACGGCGAAUCUCUCAUGAGAGUUCACCAAUAAAGCCAGUACCCACGAGGGAGUUUCAAAAAACAGAAGACAUAAGAAGAUAUUUAUAUCAAAACAGGGUUCCAGUUGGGCCACUUUCUUCACUGUCACCAAGUCAAAAUCAGCAGAAAACCUCACACAGUCCACAAAAACAGCAACACUCCUUAGAUGGUGAGUGUCCCUUCCCAUCCAGAAGGUCUCAACACACUGAUGAUAGUGCCUUGUUAGUGUUGCUGUCAGGGUUGAAGCAAGCAGGCUGUGCUGGUACCCUGCCUCACUCUUCUGCCUUCACGCCCCUCAAGAAUGGUGACAGAUCUAAUGCUGUAUCAAGUUCACCUACAACAGAAACAGUUCAUCAUUCUCCUGCAUAUUCUUUUCCUGCUGCUACCCACAGACACCAGCCCCAGCGCCCUGAAAGCUUCCUUUUCCGAGCAGGUGUCAGGGCAGAAACAAACCAAGGUCAUGGUUCAACCCUUCUUUCAUCUUCUGAACCUACCACGGAUUCUACAGAUCCCAUAACAAGACAGAAUUCAAGGCAGAGAGAAGAAGAACUGGAAUCAAUAGAUCAGCUACGGAAACACAUUGAGUACCGUCUGAAAGUAUCUCUGCCUUGUGAUCUCGGAGCAGCUCUAACCGAUGGUGUUGUUCUUUGCCAUUUGGCCAAUCACGUGUGGCCUCGAUCUGUCCCAAGUAUUCACGUUCCCUCACCAGCUGUACCUAAAUUGUCAAUAGCAAAAUGCAGGCGAAAUGUGGAGAAUUUCCUAGAAGCUUGCAGAAAAAUUGGUGUGCCUCAGGAGCAAUUAUGUUUGCCUCUCCACAUUUUAGAAGAGAAAGGUCUGAGCCAGGUUGCGGUGACGGUCCAGGCUCUCCUGGCGCUGGCCCCGCCCAAGCAGCAGCAGCACCAGCUUUCUGCUGCGUGA